AUGAUGCAGCAGCACACGAGUGCGAUCAAGGCCAUGGGGUCCAGUGAACGCAUCCUGGCCAAGAAGCUGCGAACGCUGGAAACCAAGUCGGAGCAGCUCCAAGCACGGUACGACAAGCUCGUGGUGGCCGAGAACCAAGCGCGUGCGGUCCUCGACGCCAAGAACGAGGCGUACACGCGCAUGAAGCGGCAGCUCGAUCACGAGCGGCUUUUGAUCCAAGCCGAGCUCGAUCAGACCGUGCCCGAGCUUCAGACCGCGAUCCAGUCGCUCAGUCGCAUCAAUAAGCUCCAUAUCACCGAGAUGAAGUCGUUCACGUCGCCGCCCGACCUCGUGCGCCUCGUCAUGCAAGCCGUGUGUGUGCUGCUCGGUCUCGGCGCAGCGCCGACGUGGGAAGACGCGCUGUUUGUACUAUGCGACAUGAAGUUCCUCGACCGGCUUCGGUCGUUUGAUAAGGACAACAUCCCCGACGCGGUCAUGAAGAAGCUGGAGCGCGUGAUCCAGCAUCCCAAGUUCACCGAGGACGAGAUGAAGCGCGCGUCCAUUGCCUCGACGUCGCUCUGUCGGUGGGUACUCGCGCUAGCACGCUACCACCGCGUCAUGACGAUCGUCCGGCCCAAGCAAAACACGCUCGACGCCGCGGAGCGCAACUUGGACCGCGUGCAGCGCGAAGUGGACGUUGUCCGCGCAGCGUGGACGACGCACGAGACGGCGGCCAACCAAGUUCAGCUGGCGUGGCACGAAAACGAGGCGCUGCGAGGACAGCUCCAGCACGACUACGACGAGGUCGUUGCGCGAUUGGAGUCGCUCGAGCGUGUCAAGAUGGCGUUCGAGAGCCUCAAGACGAUCUUGCGCAAGGAAAACCACCGGAUCCAGGCGCUCGACCAGGCGUCCUUGGGCGACUCGGUGCUCUUGACGGCCAUCUCGAGCUACAUCGCCGACGUCCCAUCCAGCGACCGGACUGCGCUCGUGGCGCGAUGGAGGCAGGUGCUCACAGACGCAAGCAUCGCCUGCAGCGACGACCUACUGGCGGCCAUGAUGGGUGAAGGCAGCCUCCAGGAGCUCCGCGCGACGUGCGUGAUUGCCGACGCAGGUAUUGCCAUGAACCUCUUGUACCUCCAGCGCUGGAAAGAGGCGCCCAAGCUGCAACACGUGUUGCUUGUCGAUCCGCACGGCAUUGCCGUCCAUUGGAUCAAGACGGUCGAGCGGCUCUCGGUCGAAGCCGUCUCGGCGGACGACCCGAUGCUGCUCGCUCGGUUUGAAAUGUCGCCGCCCAACCCCAACUACAUUCUGGUCGUCGACCGGGUUGCGCAGUGCAAUGAAGGCAGUCUCUGGGCAUUUCUCCAACUCCUCACGCUCAAGAAGCUCCGACAUCCCGUGUACUUUGUUGCUGACUGCAACGUCAGCGCACACUGGAGCACCGAGCUACAAGAAGCGUUUACGACCAUGAGCUUUGAAUUGCGCGCUGCCGACUUGGAGACGCAUAUUGUCUCUGGUUUUUACACCCACUUCUUUCCCGGCGACGAUAACCAACUGCGGCUGCUCCAAGAAGCCCUGCGCGACGACAUGCGACACCGAUCGGUGGCACUUGACGGGCUCUUGCGGCAGCUGAGCAGCCCCGCGCUGCUCAUCAGCAACGACGAGAUCGCGACGCUGUCGGGUCAAAUGGACGCACUCACGACGCUUGGCCGAUCGAUCGACGCCAAGGAAGAGUCGAUCGCGGGCCUCGAAGCCUCGCGCGAUCGCUUCCGCCCGCUCGGGCGACGGGGCCGCGCGCUUUUGGAAGCGACCAAAACGUUUGGCGGCAGCGUCCAAGCGUUCUGCGUGCUCGAGGACAGCAUCCGGCAGCUCAACGACGUUGAUGGAGACAGCGCUGUCGACGACGUGGCGCACGAGGUGACGGUCGCGUACCUCCAGACGAUCCUCCACGGGCUGCCCGAGCACCAGCACGUGGCCUUUACGUUCUAUGUGGCGCUCGCAAUCGCAGCAGCCGAGCCGGGCGGCGACGACCUCGUGCCUCUCUGCUGGAUCGAGCUCCAGCGCAAGACGCGCCUCGGCGUCCCCGGCAUCCAUCUUCCGAUCGACGUCUUCUUCUCGUCGCCGACGAGGACGCAUCAAGUCGCCACCGACGUCGUGCAGAUGGCCAUGCGCCACUGCGUGGCCAAGCAGCUCGCCGCGCUCGUUCGUCGCCGCCCGCAAGCGCUGACGAUGGCCAACGUCCUGUCGGGCGACGCACGCCACGUCUUUCGCAAGGACGGCGGUCGCCAUCCGGUCGAGAUUACGCGCUUGCUGCGCAACGUGCAGUCGCUCGUGGCGCUGCCUUCGUUUGGGCCGCUCCUGGACGACAUCGAUGUGCACACGGACGCGUACAUUGCGUACAUGCAGGCGACGCCCCGCUUCUUCCAAGACAUGCCGCGGACGCGCUUCAUGCAGCAGCUGCCCGCGGUCGCCAAGCUCCUCUUCAUCGUCCUCUCCCACGACUUGAUUGUCCCUCACAUGAUGCAACAAGUCGUGAACGCCUAUGUGCCCGAAAUCAACUACGAGCUCCUCACGGUGCCCGUGAUGGUCGAAAUCACCGACGGCCACCGGCCCAUCUUGCUGCAGUUUGACGCCAACAGUGUCGUCCACCCGCUCUGGGUGCUCAUCGAGACGGCGCUGAGCCUUGGCAUCCGAGACGCCGACAUCUGGUACUUUUCGCUCGCGGCGCCCGACGUCGUGCCUGCUUGUCUCCGCGCGCUCAAGGACGCGUGUGUGCACGGUGGCUGGCUCAUUCUCCAAGAUGUCGCGAAGCUCUCGGCCAGCGAUCUCAUGGACCUCAACCGCCAGUUCUCGCUGCUGUCGAACGGCGAUCUCUCGAUCCACAGCGACUUUCGCCUCUGGUUGGUCGACGAGGCGCCGUCGUCGCUCCUCGCGCGGCUUCCGAGCGCCAAGCUGCACACGUUCUUCUUCAACAUUGUAUUUACGCUCCAGAACCCGCUCGAGGCGAGUGUGUCACCGACGCGCCACGCGCUCCACCUCUUCCACGGGAUCGCACUCUCGGGCGCGCAUGGCGUCCACGUCGCCUCGCCGUUCUACGCGCCGGUGACGCUCUAUGAGCUCGAGAAGGCAGAGUUUCUGCUCGAGUGCCUCGGCGACAACCACGGGCUCUCGAGCGACGAGCUCGCAUCUCUGAUCGCGCCGCUCUAUCACGGCAAGAGCUCCGAUCGCAAUGUUCAGAAGCAGUGGAGUGCCCUCGCGCGGUACAUCUUUAAACUCGGGACGGCAAGCGAUGCGGGAGAGCAAAGCCAUUGGCUCAGUCGGCUAAAGCGCGGCCUGCGCCACCAUGCAGCCACGACGCGUGGCACGAAAGACGGCACGCGCCGAUCCUGCGACGUGCUCUUACCAGUCGACACCAAGAUCUCGGCGGCGACCAUGGGGCUUCCCCACUCGCUCGACGCCUAUUUCGAGACGCAGACGAUGCUGGCCGUCGCCUCGACGCUCACGCAGUCCUGCGCUCUGCAUAUCGACUGCAAGGCGCCUUCGACGCCCGUCGACGACCUUGCCGACGCGCUGUUGCUCCAACUGCCGCGCGACUCGGUCUUUACACAUUGCGACGCGCGCAGCACGUUUCUGGAUCGCAAGUGGCCGUCGCGCGUGCACAAGGCCAUCUACAGCGAGCUCGUGCACAUGGAAACGUACGUGGGGCAUCUGCAGCGGGAUCUGCGCUCGCUCUCGCACGAAACGGCGAGUGCCAUCGCUUCCCAGCGGGUACCGCCGUCGUGGCUGCGAGCCGGGUACGCCUGUCCAAUGACGCUGGUGCGAUUUGUGGCGUGGGCGCAGUCGGCUGCGUCCUUCUAUCUCGAGUUCCUGCAUACGCAGCGACUUCCCGCUCUCCAGCUUCAGUUUGUCGCCCACCCGCGAGCGGUGCUCUUUGCGCUCCUGGUCGCCCACGCCAGAAGCACGGGCGUCGACAUCUCGGAACUGUGUCUGGCGGUCGUGCCUCCGUCGACACCAACGGCUACGAGCCUCCGCAACCUCUUUCUGCGCAACGCGCGCUGGGACGUGUCCAAGCACAUGCUCUGCGAGCUGGCGAGCGAUGACUGGCUCAUCCAAGGCAGCCUCUCGCUACAGAUCGCGGCCUGCCCAAAGUCCGAUCUCCGAGGGUUCUUUGCCUGCCCCGUGUACCGCUACUACGCAUCCAGCGGCGCUGGCCCGCCGCCAUCGACGAGUCUCCUCCAUCUCUACUUCCCGACGACCGAAGCGACGACGCUCUUGGAGGCGAAAGGUGUCGCCGUCGUCCUCAACGAGGCCGAGUAGAUACAGUCCACAAUUGAGGUUACGCGUCAAUGCUAU